GCAAUACAUAGCGAAAAGCCGCACCAAAGGAUAUUAUUGCCAUUUUUGACUACAGCGAAACAAGAAGACAGAAGUGGCCAGUUAAGGAUAGCGCAGUUUCAAAUCUCGACCCGUUCGUAAAAAACGCAGUACCUUUUGGAACGAAAGGGACCUCGGGCUAGUUUUAUCCCGCACACUGGCAGUAGUGCAGGACUACACGAGGAGUCCCCCGGUAGCUGCCGACCGUCUUGCUCACAGUAGUGGUCGUGUGCCUUGCUGUAGUAAAAGUAGAUCGCGGCCGAAUUUUCGCAGUGAAAAAGCACAGGCUGCCAGAGCUGCUACGAGUCACGACAACCUGCCAGAGCAGCAACGGGUGUCGUGUGUAGUUCAAGCAACGGUAAUCAAUCUUCCUAAGACGACGACCUCGAACAGCAGGGUGCGGCUCGUAGUUGCCUUUGUUGGCAAUAAUUGCAAGCCACAGCAGGAUAGACCGAGACGCCGUCCUGUCCAGCAACAGUAUAGAAACUUGAAAAUUUCAAACUAGUACGUCCGUGACGUAGUCGCUUUCCGUCCCCUUCCAGCGCGGCGAUUCCAUCAAGCGAACAGACCCUCAGUCGUGCUGUUCUUCUCACGUCUCACAACGAACUACAAACGGAGGAAUAAGUAAUCAAGAGCCCGGUGGCAGGAUCUGUCGGGCCGCACGUCGUGGCACAACUGCAGACAGAUCGCCAGCGACCAGUGCGUCUUCUAUCUUCUUCGGCUGCGAAGACUUCUGUGAUUUCCUACACUACAAAGAAAACUUCUCUACCCUCGAUCUCGAAUCAACGUCGUGCACAAGUCUUCGCCUCCUUGCGCAGAAGCGCCCUCUGGAACAACUACACGGACUAGUAAGAAAAAGAAAAACAUCCCGGACGAACAGCACUGCAGCUGCUGGUUGCUACGAUUAUAGUUUGUAAUCGACCGUUGCGAAAAAAACAUCGAAAAUGAUCGACCACGCACGCGUUGCGGAGCUCAAAUCCAUGGUGGAAUAUGCUGAGGAAAAUCGGUUCUUUUCGCCCUGAAUUUGAUCUCUUGCGCAUUCGUUCUAGAAAGAUGAAGAAAGAAGUGCAAGCUGUCUGUGUCUUUCUCUUUGCCCAAUAUCGUGAUGCAUUUUUACUAGCAUCGGAGAUGGAGAUGGGCGGCAAAUCCGAUUUUGCAUGGCAUAACAUGGAGGCGGAAAGGAAGGCGGAGGAGCUGAUCAUGGAAAAUGAGAUGCUCGCGGAUUACUUGCUUAGAAACGAGGCCUCGGUCUCCGGUACCACACCAACAUCAGGGAAAAAAACAGGGAAAGCACCGAAAGUGUACAUAGUUUUUAUACUGUUGUUGCAUUUAGGUCACUGAUGUGUUUUCUCGACGUGAUGCCCUUUGCUCCUCAUGCGUGGUAGUUCUGAUAGAUUGGCAAACGCCCCGAGCAGAUUCGUGAUUAGAAGCAGGCAAAAUAUUUAUAUUACCCGAAAAAAUUAUCAAAAUAAUCCAGAUCGACACUCACCCUCGACGAGAAAUACCGAAUUGCCAAUGGCGAGGUAGAGACGCUAAACAAGGAUAUCGACCAGACGAAGAAGGCAUCGGAUCAGAAUUUAGGUAUACUAUAGUCUGUUUCCGUGCAGUCAUUCGUAUGCUGCUUUAGUUCUUCGAUGCACGACGAAGAUGUGCUUGCGUUUCCUGCUGGCUUCCUUUGCAUAGCAUGGUAAGUCUGCAGUGGAUGACGACGAGGUAUAUUGAUCAUGAAAGCAAAAAAAAAAUCAGAUGUCUUGAAAGCCCUGAUGGAGGAAACCGACAUAAGAAUAGCAGAAGUCAAGCGCGACGCCUACGAAUUUAGAAGGGACAUAGUGCUGGGGGCAGAAAAUCCAAGGACAGGGAAGACCAUGGCCGAGAAGGUAUUAGUUCCGAUUCGAAAGGUUUCGUGUGCAAUAAAACAAAUGCAUCUAUGUUCAGAUGCAAUACCGAGUAGUCCUACAGACAUGCACUAACUAGCACAUCAGACACGUCAUGAAUACAACAAUGUUUUUACCCGCCAUUAGUGCAAUGCAUAAACACGACGAUGAUAUUGAAACACUUGGUAGAGCGUCGAAAUAAAAAACCGGUCCACUUUUUUAGCAAAAAAAACAACUUGAAAUGAGGUUCUGAAGUACCUCGAAGACAAGCUGACCGGAAAGGACAUGCUGAUUAACAAACUUUUGAUGAAGAAUCAAGCCCUGAAACAAGGCAUAAAAAAAGCCGAGCAAGCCUUGAAAUCCAAGGAAGAAGGGGGUGACGAUCUGCAGUACAUCGACUUCCACCAACUGCAAAUCGAAAAUCAGCAGUUCGUGCUGCGAAUAGAGGAGACCAACCACGAACUGAUUCAGUUGAAGCGAACCUACGGGAGGACGGUAUGGAUUGGUUCUUGGAUCAUGUUGAUUCAGUAAAUUCUUCUCGAACUUCCACUACUACAAAGAAACAUGCCUUGUUCUCGCUCCCUCUAUGGAACAUGAAAGAAGUCUUAGUACCAUCAACGUCGCGACAGUACACGAAUUUGCUCAGGUAAAAAUGCUGAACAAUAUGAAGAAGCGCUUGACGCAACUGCAGUCAGAAGCAAGCUUUUUCCAGGACGAAACAAAGGAGCAGCGGGCGAUGCUGGCAAAGUCCGAGCUAGAUAUUUCCCGAGCGUCGGAAGAGGACGAAAGGCAUAAGAGAGACAACAGGAGAUUGCGGGUAACAAUUAGUGGUAGAUUCGUUGACAUUCUAUCUUCAAGCGUGCUUGUCACGCUUGCUUGUCAAGCGUGCUUGUCACGCUUGAUCAAACCAAAGGAUCCAUGAACCAACACCUGACGCGGCCGUUUUACUGUGUGCAAAUUCAUCCUGGGUCCACCGAUGAAGUAUUUCUAGGCUACAAGAAAAACACAAACGAUGGUCAGGCCCCCUCAAGGAUGAAAAAUUUCUUGUCUCCACCCUAUGUAUCAGUAUCUAUGAUAAAACAGGCCGGCCUUAAGAAGAGUCAGGGGCUCGGUGAUAUGCCGCAAAUUCUCGACUACGUAAACCAGAAGGCCGAUGAGGUCGAGGUGAUUAGCCAGCACAAGAAUUUGCAGAAGAAGCUCGAGCUUGCAACAGUCGCCUGGAAGAAAGCGAAAACGGUGGCGAGACAGCACAAUCUGCAAAUCUAGGCGUAGGCGAUGUUUUUGAUAAACUACACGACUCGCCAAGGUCGCAAAGUAGAGGAGAGGAGAGCCUUACAACUCUUCGACCUGUUAAACAUUUCCUGCAAAAAGGGAAAUAAAGCAGUCUUACGACGCCUGUACACAGAUACAGCUUCGAAAAGCAGAGAAAAGAUGAACACUCAACUCUCGACAAAAUUUACUCGACCAAAGAAAUUCCAAAAACUCAAAUUACACUCAAACUUUACAAAAAAGCUGACGCUGUUAGCUAGUCUCCGCGUCUGUUGCUUAGUUCAUCCAGAUCCAAAAUUGAACUUGUACAAAAAUUAUGUGUGUCUGCUGGUGUACGUGUAGUUGCCACAAGAACUGGAAGCUCCGUGGGACGCAGGAACCACUGGCAGAUACAAAGAUGCCGCAAGGCUUCUCAAGCGGGUCGAAAAUUAGAGAAACGAAGGGAACUGCGACAAGAAAAAAGCGCUACUAGCGUGGUAAUCAUGUCGCAAUUGUACAAAGAAAACUAAUAUUCCCGAAAAAUAGAAAAGCUGCC